AUGACGAAGGAACACUUGCGCGAUGCCCGUGAGCGUGAUGGAAUCGCCUGCAUUCCACAUCCGUUACUUGUUGUGGACUGCGCGUUCCAAGUGGUCGUAACGAAUUUGAUGCCUGAUUUGAUAAGCGAGGAAGCGUUCAGUGAGAUUCGAUCGAAAAUCCUUAACGCUGUUGAGAGUGCUGACUGUCAGCAUCAUAUUCGUUUCUUUCCACGUCUUUUUCAUCGACGCAUGGCAAUUCAGUUGAUUGCUUUGCGUGUGCUGCGCUUAAUGGAGAUUGAUCCCGAAUGCGUGGAUGUGAAACUUGCCAGCGAUACCAAAGAAAAUAGCGAAGCUGAGCCGGAUACGAGUUCACUUUAUUGCAGUCAGCCGAGUCUCCACUGGCCCGAUAUUAUGACGCUGGAAAGGAGGAAGUCAUGA